GUUGUUACUGCUUGCACGAUGGAGGUCGUUUCGAACAUAAUCACGGUGUAUUUGCCGAAUUAUUUAAGUAAUUUACCAGUUCCAAAAUCUUUAUUUGGCUACGCAAGGCUAUCUGUUGUAGAAUGGUUUUCACUCGUGCCUGUUGUUGGAACAGUAUCUUUGCUUGUGUAUAUCACAUCACAGGCUUUUAAACCUAAACCUCCACCAAAGAAACACCCUGUGAACCUUAAAAUUCAGAAGGAAACGCCCAAGGUGGUGAAUUUAGUGGAUAUGGAGGAUCUUGCCGACAAAGUAACCUACUGCAGAUGCUGGCGGUCAAAGAAGUUCCCUCUAUGUGAUGGUAGCCACAACAAACACAAUGAGGAGACAGGAGACAAUGUAGGCCCCCUUGUGCUGCGGAGAAAAGCUGCAGCAUAGAGAGAAACCCUACCAAAGUGCUAUGGAACAUUGACUUCCUGAAGGAUUGACAUAUUCCAUAAAAGAUUGUUAUACAUGUAAUUUACAGUCGUGUGAAUGUGUGAGAAUUGAAUGUGAAAUCAGAAUUUUUGACAGAUUGUCUUUCAUAAAAAUCUAGAAAAUUAAUAUUAUUUUGCUAAUGUCCUCUCAUUGUGUUUAACAAAACUGAAAAUAUCUGUCGAUAUAUCAUUUACAAUUUUCAACUUUAGUGCUACCCAAAUUAUGGGGGGGGAUUUUGUAACUUUUCCAAUGGCAGAUAAUUCAGGUGAAUUUGAUAAAUGAAGUUGUCAUUUUCAGAUAGUGUCAUUGUUAAACUCCUAUAGUAAGAUUGCAUAUAAAGCAUUAUUCCUACUGUACACCAUAAUUCAUUUAUGUAAACUAAUGACCAGGAUUCAGGUUUAACACAUGAUAAACCACUGUAAAAUAGUCAUAAGUUAUUGCAAAUACAGAUAUGAUUUUGGUUGUGAUGUCUGAAUAUUACUUUGUAUUGAUGGCCACUGGAAAAUCUGGAGAAGAUACAGCUACAUCAACCAUUAACCAAGGGAGUUAACUAUCGGCAACAUUAUAACUUACAUUCUGUUACUUACAAAUUCAGCUGAAAACAGUCCUCAUUCCAGCAUGAACGUUUUGAAAAAAAACCCAGUAAAUUAAUUAUAUGGAGCCUUACAAUGUAAACAUAUCAUUAUGGUUGAUAGGAAUAUUUGUCCAUUCCAUUGUUGUAUAAUUGUUUGCAGUUUUUGACCUACAUGUGUACCAGGGUAUGCCUGUUUAUUGAUAAAGUCAGGAAAAUUCACUGAUUUUUUUUCGUAUUUUUGUUUUCUACCAUUGCAAUAACAACAUUAAUUACACCACAAUAAACUUGUCAUUUUGCUGGCUUAUAAAAGUAAACAAUUUUUCAUUAAUACUUGUAGGAAGCUCUUCAUUGAAAAAUCUAUCAUUGUAUCCAAUAUGACAAUCAUGUUUGGAUUCUUAACCAUGAUGUUUCUGACUGUGUUUGAUUUCCUGACUGAAAUAGGUGUUACUAUUAAUGGACUUACAGGGAGAAGAUAUCUAUGAUGUUUUCAUUCAGAUAUCUGCUGAAUGUUCUCAAUAAUGGUGCUGUUUGUUUCCAUUCUGAAGUAGUAAAUACCUAAUACCGGUAACUGAUUAUGUUUCACAUACAGGAUUGUUUUUACUGCCCAUUUUCAGUACAUUUUUAGGACAGACAGGUACACGAAUACUAGCAAAAAAUGGAGUUCUAGGAUGACACAUGUAUAGUCAGACAAGUUUGGACAUCUAGGACAGGCACAUGUAUAGUCAGACAAGUUUGGACAUCUAGGACAGACAUGUUUACUCAGACAAGUUUAGUCAUCUAGGACAGACAACAUGUGUAGUCAGCCAAGUUUGAAAUUAUAUGAAAGACACCAUUUUCGUGAGGCAAAUUUUAAGUUCUAAGACAGACACACAUUUAGUAAGACAACUUUUGAAUUUUAGGGCGGACACAUUGUUAGGCAGACAAGUUUUGAAUUUUAGGACAGACAAAUUGUUAGGCAGACAAGUUUUGAGUUUUAGGAUAAACAAAGGCUUACUCAGACAAGUUUGGAGUUCUAGAACAGAAUUAAGCGAAAUUCACAUAUACAAUGGAAAUUUUGUUUUGGCAUAACUUAAUUCUAUCUACAGUGACAUGUAUGGGUACAUUACAACAUUAACCUAACAUGCUUGUUUAAGUUAUGGUAACACUUCUAUCAAGUGAUUUUUUUCUGUAGAUUUAGGAAAAAGUUUUUUUGGGGGGGAGCAAUAGAGCAAAUACCUAGAUUUAUUUUGAAAUCAUAUAGGAAGUCCUCAGUUUAAAAGUUCACCUUUUUACCCACUCCAGACGUGAAGCCUUGAAACAGAAUUGGAGAUAGUUUGGGAUACACAGUAUGUAUUCUUUUUGUAUUGCUGUGGUUGAAUGGUUACUUGUUACAUGUUAUACAUUGAUACAGGGUUUUGAUUUCCAGUAGACUGUCAAAUGCAGAAGUGAGACAGAAGACAUGCAAACAAUUCACCUCACAGCUGCUUUCUGAUUUGUAAAAAUCAUGUUCUUUUAUUAUAGUUCCAAUAAUUUUGAAAGAAAACACAUGAAUAUCAAAAAUAUAGAUCCGCAUGACAUAUUUAGGUGGUUUUUUUUCACGAAAUUCUGACUGAUCUUCAACCUCUUUGAAAAUGUGUUUUUUUCCACUUGAAUUUUUUUUUUUUGAGAAUGUUGUUAUUUUGUGUUUGAGCUAGGGAAUUUUGUGUACAUUGAAUUUUUUAAUGUAA